AUCUUAAAGCACUGCAGCGGUCGUGGUUUGAAUUCAAGCGAGCUAACAUGAAGAGGACAGGAGAGGAGAUACUGCAGUGGAUAAACAGCAACAUGACAACCAGACAUCGGGCUGUAUAUCAGACUUAUUUUUGAAGGGAAAGAUACGGGACUUCUACGAGUCUUCUUCAGCCCUUCGGCGUGAACGUUACUGCUUCACUUCAUCAUCACACAGUACCACUCCGCCACAAGGUCAGUGUCGGUGCGAAGAAGCUUUGUUGGCUACUGCGGUGGCAAGGGCAGGAGCACACAGCUCAGGAAGAUGGCAUCACCCUUUGUGCCCGUCCCUGUGCCUUUGGACAGAGCCUGGUCAGGGGGUAGCAGCAACCUCAGCCGGCCACAGCGAGCUUCAUCACUGGGCAGCGUCUCCAGCAGCUCAUCCUCUUCCUGUAUCGCUAGGGCGGCCGGGGAAGACCAGGCAUUAGGCUCCCAACGACAAUCCCGCUGCAUGGACAGAGGCAACCGGAGCAGGACACCACCACUCCACCAGAGCACUGUGACACGGGCCAGGGUGAACGGGACUCUAGAGCCCUCCAUAGAGUACUCCAGCUGUCCUCGCUCCAUAUCGGGUCCUGCUGGCAGCCAGCAAGAUGAGGAGAGGCCUAUUACCCCCACUUUGCUAGGGUAUGAGGUCAUGGAAGAGAGGGCCAAGUUCACGGUAUUCAAGGUCCUGGUGAGGAAGACUCCAGAUGAGAGCUGGGUUGUUUUUAGAAGGUACACAGACUUCUCCAGACUCAACGACAAGCUGAAGGAGAUGUUCCCAGGCUUCCGCCUCUCACUACCUCCCAAGCGGUGGUUCAAAGACAACUAUGACAGCGACUUCCUGGAAGACAGACAGUUGGGAUUACAGGCCUUUUUGCAAAACCUGGUUGCACACAAGGACAUUUCCAACUGCCAGGCAGUGAGAGAGUUUCUGUGUCUGGAUGACCCACCUGGGCCUUUUGAUAGUCUGGAGGAGAGCAGAGCGUUCUGUGAGACUCUGGAGGAGAGCAACUAUCGUCUCCAGAAGGAGCUGCUAGAGAAGCAGAAGGAGAUCGACUCCCUGAAGAGGAGACUAGAGGAGAGGGAGCAGGCCAUCCUGUUGCUGGAGAAACAUAUCAAUGGUGAGUCUGUAAGCCCAGAGUCUCCGUGUGGUCUGUCAGCUCAGGGUAGUGAAAGCAGUGCAGAUGCAGAUGUGGAGUCGUCUGCUGCAGAGGCUGAUCAGGACAUGCCUGUCGAGACUGGCAGUGCUGCCCCAAUCUGACAAAAAGGGCCCCAUAACAUGUGAGCGGCAGGUGUGAGGUCCAACCGGUGCGAUCCUCUGCCUGUUGGUGUGGGCCGUCGCUCAGCAGCUCUCCUCCGGUCAUCCAGGUCACUCAGCUUUACCACCAGAAGCUGGAACACUAACAACGAACACUGGUCCUCCUGUUCUCCUUCUCCUCCCUCCUCCCCCUCCCCCACUGGACCACUCUGCCUUCCUUGUGUUUGAGUGAUAUUCAAUACCCUAUGUUUGUUUUUUCUGUCCUCGCUUUGACUGUACCACUCCCUCCUCCCAUCACAACUCCCCUUUCCACCUUCCAGAUUGUAGCCGUUGUUUCACCUUCCAGUCUUUUAGUUGGAUCUGACAUAGCCUUUAUCUUGAGAUGUUUGUAAAGGGUUUAAAGGGAACAGACUGUUUCACUUAAAUUUCCCCCUGUACAAUGGGUCAUGGGAUAUUUUAUCUGACACCUACAGAAGACCUUGUGCAACUUACUAUAAGAACAAUAACUAUAUCUGGAAUUGCAUGGUUAUACUUCUGAAAUCCUCAGACUAAGUUGAUCUUCCUAAACUGUGGGGAUUUCUCAGCCCUCCUUGUUGACUUUUGAACUUCCUACCCUGGCCGCCUUUUUGGAUCAAAUUUGAUCCUGCGGUCACAAAGCCAAAGUUUGGCUUCUUGACCAAAAAAAUGAUGACAACUUGAAGACUCGCACCAUUGGGUGGUUUGAUGACAUUCACAAUUGUGACAAUCUACAGAAAACUUGAACCAAUGCCUUAUGGUUCCUUACUUGUGACAAGAAGCCCUAUUCUCAAACCAGAGAAACAACGCUCCCAUGUGGCUAUAGACAUAAGAAAAAAGUCUGGACAAAUGAAAUGUCUCAGGAUAAGCGUUAGUAACCAGGUGGGUGUCGAGGAUUUAUAACAUUGUGUUUGCGGGUACUUCCAUGCCACUGCCAUUGACUCUCAUUGAGGUUGUAGACGGACCUUACUUGGGAAACUUUCACUUUCAGUCAUGCUCACUUAGCAAUCUAAAAGCCUACAUUCCCUUGUGUUUUUAGUGCCAUAUGUCAUUUGUGGCAAACACAGUCCUGCAAGUGACAGUAUAAUCAUGUAAUAAUGUAAGAAACCGUAACAUGCUGUAUCCAGAGAAAACCAAGGGAAUGUGGCCUAUUUUUGCUUUUUGAGGACUUUAAUCGCCUAUGUGUAAACUAAUCAUGUCAUUUCCCUGUCACAUUCCACUGUUUCUGGAUACACACACAUGCAUCACUUUGCUUCUAGGCGUUCCUUAUACCAGUUUAAGUGAAGUCCAUAAAUAUUUCCACCAGACCUCUUCAGGCCCCUUGACUGUUAAUCGAGUGUAGACUUGACGUGGGCUUAUAUUGUUACAUUAGAUUAUAUUGUGACAUGAAUAUAGUUAAAGGUACAGUUCACCAUUUUAGAGACAUAUUUUUCUACUUACACCUGCUGGUGUGUUGCCAUGCAGAUAGUUUGGUUUUACCUGCUGGAGCUUUUAUGAAAUCCACUUCUAAGAUUUCUGCCUCUAUCAUGAUAGAAUUGAGCUGAUUGGAAGUUUGUAAAUUUGUGGCGUAUUGAGAAAAAUUUUCACUCUCGACACAUUCAACUGUUUUUUUUGGACAGCUGUGGACAAUCUUGACCACAAUCUUGGUUAACAUCCCGAGUAACUGUUUAACCUCCUUUGUAUUAGGGUGGACGCAGAUAUUUAUUAGCCAGAUAUCUUAAAUCUCUGCACAUAAAACCACAACUGUCUGCAAUAAGAGUAGGUGAGAACAAUUUUUUUUGUGGUGGUGGUGUUUUUUCUGUAAUUUGGGUGAACUAAUAACCCUUUAAGAAACUCAAACAGUUGAUAAUUUAUUUAUUUUAAGUUGAACCUCAGCUCCAUUCAAGGACUGCCGAAACACGCCCCCCAUAACAUCACAGUGGUGCAACUUUAUCUGAAAGAAAUCCAGAUGUUUUGACUUUAGACACUGAUCAGACACAGUUCUGAAAACAGUAGGAGGGGACAUUUUAGAGCAGGGGCCUGUCACAUUUAUUUUAACAACACAGCCUUGGGUUUAUUAAAUCAAGACUAUUAAAAAUAAGAUGCAGAACCAUUCUACUGGUAUUUCAGGACAUAAGCGACUGAUAAACACUAUUCAGCCUAGUUGGCUCUGUAUAAGCAUCGAGAAUGUUACCAGGCCUACACAUCAUCCUCAAAAGCCAUAUUUUUAGACCCAAAUAACACUUGGCAGAAGCAGAGAUUUCACAUGUGGCGGUGUGCAUGCUGACCAGCUGUUCUUUUUGCUCUUCGAUAAUGAGUUAAUGAAGUGUACAAGAACAACAGGUUGAAAAGGACAUGUGAUGCACUUUAUGGAUGAAUGGCAACACAUACUGUUUGCUAGGAUUUUUGUUUUUACUACAUUUGUUUGAGACAGAAACGUGCCUUUUCUAUCACUGGUCUGUCUUGAUUCCCUACUGGAACUAAUUUGUUAAUUAUGUGACUCGUGUAUAUGGAAUUUUGUUCAUGUUCUUCUAUUAAUGCCCUACAUGCAUACUUCUAAGUGCCUUGAAAAUCUUUCAGUUAACUUUUCUUUUGUGUGUGUGUCUUUUGUGUUAAAAUAGCUUUAUAGAUUUGUGAAGGACAUGAAACAAUCCCACUGUGUCACUCUGAUGGAACUAAUGUUUUAAAUGCCACUCCUGUAUAUGUCGUUGCUUGGACUAGAUUGAACUGACAAUGUUUUUGUAAUAUUACAUAAAUUAAUGCCAAGUCUUAGUUCAAAGAUAGCCACCUAUAGUUGCACUAUAAAAGAUUUAUAUGAAUAACAUUUGGUAUCACUAUUAAUGUCCUUGAUUUAAAGGGAUAAUUCACUGCUAAAUCUGAAAUGGAUACUGUAGAUUCUGUUACACAUGCUAUAGCAGAGAUGUUUACCAGGAAGAAAAAUGUAAUUCACUCACAAUUAAACACAGAAUGAUAUAUUGAAUACACAUGAAUGUUUUCUGUUUCCUCACAUUUGUAGUCUGCUCCCUUAAAAUCAGAUGGUAUGAGUAGUUUGUGCUUGAGUGAAAUAAAAGAUGAGGUGGGCUUACACUUGCUGUAUGGCCCUUUUUAAGUGUAAUGCUUUCAAAAUGUAAUAAAUUCCUACCACAGAAAAA